AAACUCCCGGAGGAGGGACCUGAGUAAAGCAGGAACAGCUUUGAGCGUAGAGUAGGUUUAUUGAGGUCUGCCAUGUUGGCACCUCUUCUUCUUUCCCUGCUCCUGGCAUCAGGAAGUGAUGUCAAAGGGGAGGUGGAAGACAAGAAGCCCAACUUUGUCCUCAUGAUGGUGGAUGACCUCGGGAUUGGGGACAUAGGUUGCUAUGGCAAUGAUACCAUCAGAACUCCCAACAUAGACAGACUGGCUUCAGAGGGAGUAAAACUGACCCAGUACAUCGCAGCAGCUCCUCUCUGCACUCCAAGCCGGGCCGCUCUGAUGACGGGCCGUUAUCCUCUUCGCUCAGGGAUGGCCAGCCCAGGCCGUGUCCAGGUACUGUUGUUUCUCGGAGGUUCAGGGGGACUUCCACCUAAUGAGACUACCUUUGCUAAGAGGCUGCAGCAACAGGGAUACACCACCGGCCUAGUUGAGUUCUGCUUUCAAUCUUGUGCUCCUGCAGGUAAAUGGCACCAGGGUGUGAACUGUGAAUUCAGAGGUGAUCACUGUCAUCACCCAAACCAGCAUGGUUUCAGCUAUUUCUACGGCCUGCCGUUCACCCUUUUUAACGACUGCGUUCCCGGGGAGGGCAGCGAUGUGCUAGUGGAUCUUCAACUUGCACUCCAACAUCUAACCCUACUGCUUGGACUGGGACUUCUUACAAUGGUGUGUGUCCAUCUAUGUGGGCUUCUUGAAGUUAGCCUUUGGCUACUGGUGCUACUUUUCUUUGUCAGUAUAGUAGCAGCAGCUAUGUGGUAUGUCCCCUUUGGGCUUCUUCGAACCUGGAACUGCAUCAUUAUGAGGAACCAAGAUGUGAUAGAACAGCCCAUGACAGUGGAGACGCUGCCCCAGAGACUGCUGGCAGAAGCACAAAAUUUCAUAAAGAGGAAUGCUGAUCGUCCGUUCCUCCUCUUCUUCUCUUUGGCUCACAUCCACACGCCUCUAUUCACAACGCCUGCCUUUGCUGGAAAGAGCCGUCACGGUCGCUAUGGCGACAACCUAGAAGAAGUGGACUGGAUCAUUGGUAAAAUAACGGAAACGGUGGAUUCACUCGGCCUGGCCAACAAUACCUUCAUGCAUUUUACUUCGGACCAUGGUGGGCAUUUAGAAGAUUCUGAUUCUCUUAUCGGUCAGAAAGGAGGCUGGAACAGUAUAUAUAAAGGUGGGAAGGCGAUGGGGGGUUGGGAAGGGGGGAUCAGGGUGCCUGGUAUUUUUCGCUGGCCUGGCAGACUGGCAGCAGGAAGAGUAGUUGAUGAGCCUACAAGCCUCAUGGAUCUCUACCCCACCUUGAAAUACUUAGCCAAGGACACCCAGCCAGAUAGACAUUUAGAUGGCUUUAACCUCAUGCCACUACUGGAGGGGAAAGCUGCACGAUCAGAGCAUGAGUUCAUGUUCCACUACUGCGGUGUGUACCUGAAUGCGGUGCGGUGGCACCCACCUGAUAGCAACUCCAUCUUCAAGGUGCAUUUUUUCACGCCAAAUUUCUUUCCGCCGGGCGCUGGGGGGUGCUAUGACACUAAGGUUUGCCUGUGUCAUGGCCAACAUGUGACCCACCAUAACCCACCGCUGCUGUACGACCUUUUCCACGACCCCUCGGAGUCUCGACAACUUACCCCUGAGACUGAGCCUCGAUACGCUGAAAUCCUCCAGCAGAUUGCCAAAGCCGUAGAGAAACAUAAGAGGACCUUUCCAAGUAAAGAGGGAUCUGAUGACUCUCAAGUUCAGCCCAACACAAUUCAAAACCAAAUGAGCUGGGAAAAGAUUUUGUGGAGACCCUGGCUGCAGCCGUGCUGUGGGACCUUCCCUUUUUGUGGGUGCAAGGAAGACAAAAACAUUUAAAAAUAGGAUUCAGAUUAGUGAAGUUCUUCCUCUGCAGGUUUACUGCUUUUACUAAUAUGUAAAUUUACUAAUUUACAUAUUAGUUAAAUUUUUUAAUUGUUUUUUUUUAUCGUCAUUUGACAGAAGUGAACCAUGUAUUUGGAAUUUGAGCAUUUCAGGAUGUGCAAUCAUUCUGUAUGGAAGCUUUUUUAUUUGAAACCUUGUUCCAUGUUGCCAUCCCUAUCAAUUUGUUUUAGAAAUAAUGUGACAAUCACUAUGUUUCUUUCAGUAAGAUAAAUUAAGAAAGAGAAUAAUAUAACUUAAAAAGAGAGUAAUUUAAAUGUGAAACAAAAUGUAACCAGAAUAACUCAAACUGCGUUGAUAUGAAYGAAGCAAUUUAAAGUAAUGUGCUGAACAGACAGUUUUUAUACUGUGUACAUCAUUUGGUUUAUCCAGAGAAACUCCUUUUAGUUUGCAUUUUGUGGAGUACUUAUUCUUAUCCAGCAACCCAGAACAGGAACAUUUAGUUCAGGGGUCCCCAAACUUUUUCCUGUGAGGGCCACAUAACUUUUCCCUUCUCU